AUGCUCGCUGUCUCAUCGGUGCGCAUCAUCUCUACCGGCGAGGAGGCUCUGGUGGAGCGGCUGGGGCGGUUCGAGCGGCGCCUGCACCCCGGCCUGUCGUUCGUCAUACCCGGCAUCGAGCGCGUGUCGAUCUACGCGAGCAUCCGAGAGCAGGUGCUCGACGUGCCGCCUCAGCCGUGCAUCACGUCCGACAACGCGCCACUCAGCGCCGACGCCGUCGUCUUCUUCCGGAUAAAGGAUCUGGCCCGCGCGCGCUACGCAGUGGACGACUUUCGCGCCUGCGUCACGAACCUCGUCCUCACGCAGCUCCGCUCCGAGAUCGGCCAACUCACCCUCGACCAGACGUUUGCCGCGCGGGAGCGGCUCAACCAGAAGCUGCUCGAGGAGGCCAACGCCGUGGCGGCCGGCUGGGGCAUCGACGUGACGCGCAUCGAGGCGCGCGAGUCUGAUGAGAGAGGCGCACGUCCGGUGCGCGACAUCCACCCCUCGCCAGAGAUCGUCUCGUCGAUGGAGAUGCAGAUGGCCGCAGAGCGCAAGAAGCGGGCCGCCAUCCUGCAGUCGGAGGGAGAGAAGGCGGCCCUGAUCAACGCGGCAGAGGGGCGACGCGAGGCGACGGUGCUCGGAGCGAGAGGCGAGCAGGAGCGGCUGCAGAUGGAGGCCGAGAGGACGGGCCAGCCGACACACUCGCCCCUCGAGAUGCGUCCGUGA